UUAAUGCUAUCAGAGAACCGGGGUUACGCAAGUAACCUAUUGUUUUUUGUUCACCUUUUCGCGUAGCUGUUUCUUUAAUAUCUGCACGUCGUUGAUUUUUUGCGACUAAUUUUACUUUUGAAAACAAUUAAUUUACGUCUCCGCCUCUCCAGAAGCGAAUAAUCUUCAAUGUGCGUUUCCGAGCGCUAGCUGGUUAGCUGCGUUCGUUAAAAGUCAUUGAGAAAGAGCGCUAACUAGCCGCUAGCUUCACUUCACCACUUAUAAACCAUGAUUGCUACACAAAUGAGGUCUGACACACAUGAGGUCUGACAUGGGCAAAAACGCAUCGGAAAGACGCUGUUUUACCUGCCUAACGAAAUAGGAAGGCAUUUCGCCCCGUCUGGUUUAAUACAUUAGGGGUGUCUCAUCGGAAGCAGCGUAGAGAAACUGGAUCAGUCGCCUCACUUUACUGGAUCUGGGACUUUAAAUGAAGAUCACACCAUCAAAGGGGGAGAGACCUCAGCAUGCAAACCCUCGUCUGUCCGGCUUGCACCCUCUCUUUCUUUCCAUGCUGCUGGUCUUCAGAUGGCUGCUCCCAUGCCUCAUUCGCACCAGCAGUACAGUGACUGUCAACAGCAGAGUACAGACCAGUCUGUCACUGUACUGCCAUACAGUGAUCAGACACAAGCACUCACUGCCAGCCAGAGGCACAUGCCCCAGUGCUUGCAUGACCCCACUUUAGCUCCUUUGAGGAAGCUCUCCAUAGACCUGAUCAAAACCUACAAACACAUCAAUGAGGUGUAUUAUGCAAAAAAGAAACGACGGCAUCAACAGGGUCAAGCUGAGGAUUCCAGCCACAAGAAAGAAAGGAAAGUCUUCAACGAUGGCUACGAUGAUGAGAGCUACGACUACAUUGUCAAGAAUGGGGAAAAAUGGUUGGACCGCUAUGAAAUUGACUCUUUAAUUGGAAAAGGGUCAUUUGGACAGGUUGUAAAAGCUUACGACCGAGCUGAGCAAGAGUGGGUAGCAAUUAAGAUUAUCAAGAACAAGAAGGCCUUUCUGAAUCAAGCUCAAAUUGAAGUACGGCUUCUCGAGCUCAUGAACAAACAUGACACAGAGAUGAAAUACUAUAUAGUACAUUUGAAACGGCACUUCAUGUUCCGGAAUCAUCUUUGCUUAGUAUUUGAAAUGUUGUCAUACAACCUGUAUGACUUGUUACGGAAUACGAACUUCAGAGGUGUCUCUUUGAAUCUGACACGGAAGUUUGCCCAGCAAUUGUGUACAGCACUACUGUUUCUCGCUACACCUGAGCUCAGCAUCAUCCACUGUGACCUAAAGCCAGAGAACAUCCUGCUUUGUAACCCCAAGAGAAGUGCCAUCAAAAUAGUGGACUUUGGGAGCUCCUGCCAACUGGGACAAAGGAUAUAUCAGUACAUCCAGAGUCGAUUCUACCGCUCCCCUGAAGUGUUAUUGGGAAUGCCAUAUGACCUGGCCAUAGAUAUGUGGUCUCUGGGAUGUAUUCUGGUGGAAAUGCAUACAGGAGAACCUCUAUUUAGUGGAGCCAAUGAGGUGGACCAAAUGAACAAAGUUGUUGAAGUACUUGGGAUCCCACCCAAUCACAUUAUGGACCUAGCACCAAAAGCCAGGAAGUUCUUUGAGAAGUUGUCAGAUGGGACAUGGAGUAUUAAGAAGACCAAAGAUGGAAAAAGGUACAAACCUCCAGCAUCUCGAAAGCUCCAUGUCAUCUUGGGAGUGGAAUGUGGUGGACCAGGCGGUCGUCGGGCGGGAGAAUCUGGACACGCAGUAGCUGACUACUUGAAGUUCAAGGACCUCAUUCUCAGAAUGCUGGACUACGACCCCAAGACGCGAAUUCAGCCCUACUAUGCCCUCCAGCACAGUUUUUUCAAGAAGACCACGGAUGAAGGAACCAAUACAAGCAGUAGUGUGUCAACAAGUCCUGCACUUGAGCAGUCACAGUCAUCAGGGACCACUUCUAGUACAUCCUCAAGCUCAGGAGGAUCGUCUGGAACAAGCACCAGUGGCAGAGCAAGAUCCGAUCCAACUCAUCACCAUCGGCACAGCGGCGGGCAUUUUGGCACAGCCAUGCCAGCCAUAGACUGUGACAACCUUUGCCCUCAGGCGAGACAGCCUUAUCAUCCACCAGUAGUAUGGCCUGGAAUCGUAGGACCAGAGCCUGUCACUGUAGAGACUCAUCCAGUCCAGGAAACCACUUUUCAUGUGCCUCCCCAGCAUCCCAAGGCAUUGCACCCCCAUCACCAUCAACAUCACCACGGACAGGUCAUAGCAACGCGACCACGGCCGCAUCUCUACAACUCGCCCACCAACAGCGCCUCCACCCAGGAUUCCAUGGAGGUGGUGCACGGUCAUCUGUCCAUGACAUCCCUGUCUUCCUCGGCAUCCUCUUCCUCAACAUCUUCCUCUUCCACAGGAAACCAAGGCAACCAGGCUUACCAGCUCCGCCAGCUUCCUGCCAACACAAGAAUCAGUAUGGGUUUGGGUGCCUUCUCAAAUCCUCGCCAAGAGACUGGUAUGGCUGGACGUCCCACGUACCCUGUUGCCACAAACACAGGAACUGGUCACUUUAUAGCAGAGGGACACCUGGGCAUGAGACAAGGCAUUGAUAGGGAAGAUUCUCCAAUGACUGGAGUCUGCGUUCAGCAGAGCUCGAUGGCCAGCUCGUGACUUUAGCUGAAAUGGGUUUGUUUUUCUGUGUGAAUUUUGUUUUUGUUUUUUUUAUUUUGUUUUGUUUCCCCCAUUUUUAUGGUGGUGUUUUUCAUUUUCUCCUGUUUUUUCAAAAGGUGCAUAGAGAAUAAAAGCUGCUCACUUCUGAGGGGA